AUGGCAGAGGUCGUGGAGGAGGAGAUGGAGUUGGCGGCCACUGCCUCCACGGCCGCGGCCGCCAUGGAGGAGGAGAAGUUUGUGGUGCCGUUUCGGCACCGCCGGAAGUUUUCCAUGUAUCUGGUGCAGCUCCGCAUUGGUGGCGGACCACCAGAUGAAGCGCGUUCGAGAUAUGUAUUAUUCGACACCGGCGACGACCUGUCAUGGACGCAACCCGAUGUGCGAGCACGGGAGGCAUGGUGCCAAUACAGCCACUCCUACCCCACUCCGGACAACAAUUUGUGCAACUUCGACAAGCGGUACGGCGAUGGUAGCAGGCUGUCAGGCUACCUGGGAUCUGACGUCUUCCGCUUUGGGAACGGCAUAGCGGGGGACGACGGCGGCUACAACUUCGAGCAAGACAUCGUCUUUGGCUGCGCGCAGGAGGAACAUACCACCGCCGUCCGGGAAUACAGCUCCGGCAUUCUCGGCCUCGGCAUGGGUACGUUCUCCUUCGUCGCUCAGGCCGGCGUCGACAAAUUUUCCUACUGCGCUCUAUCGCCGGAGAGAAGAGACCUCCGGGAUCAGUGGAGGAAAACAACAAGCUACCUCCGAUUCGGCAGCCAUGCUGUCACGUCGGGCAAGAUUGUCCCGUUCAAGCAGGACGGCGCCCACUUCAUCAUCUCCCUCAAGAGCGUGACGUACCAGCGAGGAAGCCGUCUAGAUCAAAAUCAGCCAGUGCCCAUAUUUACUCGGCAAGAGGCGGCGGAGUUCCUGCCCAUUCUGGUGGAUUCAGGGUCCACCCUGGUCUACCUUCCUGCACUCAUCUUCUACCCUCUGCUGAAGAGGAUCGACGAUGAACUCACACUCACAAGGGUGUACGAUCCCACUAAUAACCCCGGCAUCAACUGUUACGAUGGUGAGAUGUCGGAUGUGGAGGGUGUGUCAGUGACCCUGGGCUUCCAAGGAGGGGCGGAGCUGGAGUUGUUUGGCGACACUCUCUUCUACGAAGGGUACGCAGGUGAUUACAUUUGUCUGGGAAUUUCUAUCGAUGAGAGGAAAUCAGUGUUAGGCAUGAUUGCUCAACGUAAUACCAAUGUUGGGUAUGACUUAGCAAACAUGGAGAUCUCCUUUAAUCGUGAGGCAGGUCAAUUUUGCACAGGAGUUAACCUUAGACAACUGAAUACAUUUGCAAACAGGGAAACUUUCGAUCUAUUCAUAUUCAAUCAUGGCAGUACAAUUAACACAACAAAUAAUAAAAAGUACAUCCAGAUCCGUAGACCACCUAGCGACGACUACAAACACUGA